AUGUCUUCACUCAAUAUCCAAGCUCGCACGACCUCGCCCCUGCGCAAGGGUCUCGUCAACUUGCCCGGGGCGACACCACACGCUGCUGCUCUCACUCAGAAGCUGCUGCAACAGGACUUCGUGAAGCACCACUGCUUCUUCAACGAACAAGGUUUCCAUAAUCACCUCCCGCACCACCUUCUCUCCGUACUCGACCUGGGCGGCUCUGCGCACCUCCUCCAGAGUAUCUACGACGCCGAAGCUGCAGCGCAGCGCCCUGCCACUCUCGGAAAACCAGGCGAUGAAGUCCCGCAUAUCACGAACGAGAACUGGACUGCUUACCUCGGCAAGGAAAUCGCGUACGCCGGAUAUCUGCGGUUCUUCAGCGACCAGAUUGCUGAGCAUGGCGCUGAGGCCACAGUCGGGCGUUUCGUCUUCUCACCUGAGGCGAAUGGCAACGGGUCUAUCAUGCUAGCACGGCUGGGUAGCGCAGUCUUCCACCCGUGGAUUCAAUUCGCUUUGGGUCUCGAGUUCAAGCAAGAUUUCCUCGUCGCGGCCGGUCUUUCUCUUACUGUGAUGACUGACCCUGUCUUCCCCAAUCUUCUGGCCGACACAUCGUCCGGCCUUCCAAGCGUGACGUACACUACCAACAAGUCACCGACCCUUCACGAACUCUUCGACGAGGUCUACGCUUCCGACGCCCUUGAGCCUGGGCCCUACGACCCCGAAGUCAUCUUCGGCAACCACGCGCAAAAAUUUCGCUCUCACUCUGAGGCCCUCAGCACCGUCCUGAACAUCGCUAAGCACUGGACUUUCCCUCCCGCGGAUGAUGCCGCCGCCUUCGCCGCCGCCCUUGAGCAGAAGCGCAAGGAGGCCAUCGUGGAGGCGACGCUCUUCCUCAGCGCCACGGGCCUGCGGCACGACAGCCGCGGCGCCCCACCGCGCGUGGACUUCUUCCUCAUGCACCUCCUGACGAGCUCUAUGUUCAUGCAGACGCUGUUCGACGUCGCGCGCAAGCCCGAGGACCAGGCGCGCUUGCUGCAGGUGUAUAUCCGGUCGACGAUCAUGACGGUCCUGGCGCGCGGCCGGCCGAAGCCCGAUGUGGACGCCCUUUACAAGCACCCGGAGGCCCUCGGAGACGAGGCGCGCGAUGCUAUCGGUACGCCCGCGACUGGCGAGGCGCAGGAAAUUCAGGGUUACCCUGCGCGCCCACUCAACGCCUGGUCUUCCAUUAUCGACAGUGCUUGUCACCAUUCCGAGUCGCACGUCGCGAAGGCCGUGCGCGCCUUGAUAUACGCUGCAAAGCUGUACGAGACGGAGGACGACCUGGGCGUGGUGCCGGGCUUGGAUGGAACGGUGUUUUUCAGGGCGGCGACGGUGCUGAUCGACGGGCUGGGCUGGGUGAGCAAGGGCGAGAAGGAGCUGUGGUGGGACUUGAGUGCAGUGGGAUGGGAUGAGGCGUGGGCGCCUCGGGAGUAA